GGUAGCAGUCGUGGACAGCCACUGAACUGAGCAGAGAUGACUAGUAACAGGGAGUUUGACUGUGUGGUUAUUGGAGCUGGUGUGCAGGGCUCCUUCACAGCAUACCAGCUGGCAAGAAGGAACAAGAAAACUCUUCUGCUGGAACAGUUUGUUCUUCCCCAUACCAGAGGCAGCUCCCAUGGCCAAACUCGUAUUAUCCGCAAAGCCUAUGAGGAGGACUUCUACAUUAGGAUGAUGGAGGAAUGCUACAAGCUGUGGAGUCAAAUGGAGAAGGAGGCAGGUGUCAAGUUGUACAGACAAACAGGACUCCUGGUAAUGGGACCAGAGAAGAAUGAGAGUUACCAACUGUGUAAGAAUACAAUGCUGAAGAACAAUGUUCCAAUGGUGCAACUGACGCGGGAAAACUUUGGUCUGCACAUUCCAAACGUCAGCCUGGCUGAAGGUCAUGCAGCGUUUGUGGAACUAACUGCUGGAGUGCUGUAUGCUGACCGCACACUCAAAGCUGUACAGGGGCAGUUUCAGAAGUUAGGUGGAGUCAUUAGAGACAAUGAAAAAGUGACAGACAUUAAGCCUGGCUCACUUGUCACAAUUUUAACCUCUACUGGUGUUUAUAGAACCAAAAGACUGGUCAUAACAGCCGGACCCUGGACUAAUAGACUGCUUGUGAAGACUGGAAUAGAGCUGCCACUUGAGGUGAUGAAGAUCAACGUAUGCUACUGGAGGGAGAAGGUUGAUGGCUCAUAUGAUGUAAAACAGAAAUUUCCUUGCUUUCUACAAAUUGAAGGUGAGAAGUCCAAAGAGCACAUCUACGGCCUGCCAGCUAAUGAGUAUCCUGGGAUGGUGAAGAUAUGCCUCCAUGCAGGCAGCCCUGCUGAUCCGGACCAAAGAGACCAACAAAAAGACAGGUCUGACAUCGAAACCUUGCAGCGUUUUGUCAGCCGCCGCUUCCCUGGUCUCGUCCCUGAGCCGGCUGUUGUGGAAAGCUGCUUGUACACGGUUACUCCUGACAACCAUUUUGUGCUGGACUAUCAUCCUGCUUAUCGCAAUAUUGUCAUCGGAGCAGGAUUCUCAGGUCAUGGCUUCAAGUUUGGACCAAUUGUUGGCCAGAUUCUUUGUGACCUUAGUCUUGGAGAAGUGCCCUCCUUUGACCUCUCACCUUUUAGAAUUACACGUUUCCAAGCAAAAAACAAAUCAUCUUUAUAGACUGACAAAUGUAUGUCUUAGAAGCCUUUUUUCAUGCAUGAUUCUAGGUUGUAAAAAUAAUAAUCAGACAUAAGUGUUUUUAACAUUAGUAAAAAAAAAUUAAAGAAGAAAAUAUUAUGAUUUAGGAUUUUCCAGCCGAACCAAGAUUGAUUCUGUUCAUUGUUUUUCUUGUGACAUGACUUACUUAGUUCAUUUUUGGCAAGAUGUAGGCCAGUCAGUCUCUCAAAGCUGAAAAUGACUCUAGCAAUAAAAACUACACAAUACAAAAAUAUAACUAAAUGAAACUUAACUCUACUUAGAAAGCACUUUUACAUGCCUAUGUGAUAACAAAGAUCCAAGGGCCAGGGGAGGGUGCUGUGGCAAAAGACCAGCUGGUAAAGUAGACCAGGGGGUGCAGGAGCUAAAGUAAAGACCAGGGGGAAAGUAAAGACCAGGGAUAAAGUAAAGACCAGGGGGAAAGUAAAGACCAGGGAUAAAGUAAAGACCAUGGGGAAAGUAAAGACCAGGGAUAAAGUAAAGACCAAGGGGAAAGUAAAGACCAGGGAUAAAGUAAAGACCAGGGGGAAAGUAAAGACCAGGGAUAAAGUAAAGACAAGGGGGAAAGUAAAGACCAGGGAUAAAGUAAAAACCAGGGAUAAAGUAAAGACCAGGGAUAAAGUAAAGACCAGGGAAAAAGUAAAGACCAGGGAUAAAGUAAAGACCAGGGGGUAAAGUAAAGACCAGGGGGUAAAGAAAAGACCAGGGGGUAAAGAAAAGACCAGGGAUAAAGUAAAGACCAGGGGGUAUAAUAGCUGGAAAUAGGAAAGUCGGGUGAAGCUUGUCUCAGACCUGGGGCUCAGGGGGCAAAAGUGUUUGCCCCACAUGGUUGAGAGUGGGAUUUUAUGAAUCUAAAGACAUUUUCCUGCGUUUUGCUGAAAAAUGUGUAACUCUGUGACAAACGGUGUUUGGACUUUAUCUCAAUAGUUUAAUGAUUUUCUUAACCUCUGAUUGAACUCAUUUGGGUUUAAUUUGUUUUUGCUUUUACCUUUUCUUUUAUUCCUGUUCUUAAUUUUCUAUUCUUACUUUUAUUGGUAAAUUCCACUCUAACCUGGCACGGCACAUCUUUUCACAUAUGAAACGAUCAAUGUUCUGUUGUGGAUUUUCCCUUGUUUUAAAUAAAUAAACUCUUAAUAAUGUA